CUUUGGACCGUGUUGGUGUGGUUUGCAUUUAUAUGUUGCAUUCAAAAGAGUUAAUAUCACUCAAUUUGUCGAUUUUGAAUCACUUCACGCUUAACAUUCAAUCAGUUCAACAUGUCAACGACUGGUGAAACUACGGCUGCUACAGCGCCAAGAAAAAAGCGAUACAAAUUUCAAACGAAUGCGCAAAAAGAAAAGGAUGCUGAUGAUGAUGUAAACGAUAAUGGAUUGUUCGCGAUUAAAAUGCGCCUCAACACAAUUUUACGACCAGAGUUCAAUCACAUUGUCAAACCGUGGAUCGAACAGAAAAGCAUAAUGUCAACGAAAAUCACCGUUUUGGCAUCAUUACUUUUCUUGGAUAAAGUGAAAUCGGCACAAAUGAAUCGACAGUGGGAGUUUUUUAAAAACCGAACGUAUCCGGCCAAAAAAGGAAAGAAGAAAGGACAGCUCGUUGAAAAGAAUCGUGGCGAAGAAGUGAUUGAGCAAUGUUUCUAUGCCGUCUUGCAAAAAAACAAAGAAGGUGAGAAUAUUCGUCAGUUUGUCGAAGAGCUCAGUCCAGAAAAUAAUUUCGCCUGGCCCAAGAACGAUUAUUUUGGUAAUCAUUUUAAAACGCUGUGCCAAAAUCACACGCGAUGCUUGAAAACCGGUCAAAAGACACACUGCAAGAAGAAAUUGAAAAACUAUCUGCGAAUGCGAGCGUGGCAAUUCAACGCAGUGUCUACCGGUUGGAAAUUCGACAAGAAGGACAUUGACAAUGCAGUCGAUUUGAUGAUUCGAGGCUACAAUGCGAUCCGUGACACUCAUCAAAAUGCAGAUUUCAAACGACACAAGCGAACAUUACUUACUGGCAUGGUUACUGCAAUUGUUCGAGAAGUUGGUGGCCCAACCAAUGAUCACAACAUCAAGGAUUUUUCAAAAGGCGAUUAUUGGUUCAAAGCAACUGCAAUGUGGCUCGUUAUGCAGACAGAAAUCGAUGAGUGGCACAAUUGGGCGCAAGAUAACAAUGUGAAGAUACCAAAUAUCAAAAAUCUCUCGGUUGUUCCAUUGCCUGAUUAUCAACGAAAGGCAGUGUUCAUGUGCAAUGAUGUCUUCUAUCGAAUGCUGGCCGAAUCGAAACUACUUCCACAAGUUGAUGGUAGACAAGCAACCGAAAGUUACCUUCGCCAGAACAAAGAAUUCUAUUGGAAUCAAGUAUUCGAUUUUACGACCAUCAAUCGAAAACUGAAGAAAAACAAAGAAUUCCAUUAUACCAUCGUCAGCAACGGUGAAUCUGUGUCGAUUAUGUAUCGCAUGUCAAAGCAAUACGAGCAACAGAUGCAGAAUGAUGAUAUUCUUCGAAAGCAAUUCAUCGGCGGAAAAUUUGCUUAUGAACUGGGAAUCGAUCCAGGCAUGAAAACAUGGAAUGCCACAGUUCGUCGAAAUAUCGAAACAAAGAAAGAAGUCAACUUGAAAACGUCCAGUAAGAAGUACCAUUGGCUGGCAAAGCAGAAGACGCGCGAUGUAAAGGCAAAACGAUGGACGAAGCAGUUCACCCAAGAGGAGCAGGAAGAUCGAAAUAAUCGACAAUUGUAUCAGCGAAUGCCAUCACCACUGGGCAUACUCUGGAUUGAUUACGUUCAUCAUCGUAUCAAAAUGCUCAAGAAAGGAAUGGCCGUGUAUACAACACCGAAAUACACGCUGUUGCAGUUUGACAAGUACGUCGAAUCGAAUCGAACCGUUGAUAAACUCACUGGGAAUUUGGUCAAUCAUAAAGCCGCAAUUAUUCACAUGGGAAAUGCAGAAAUAUCACCAAACUCGUGCAUUCGAAUCAAAAAGCAUGUGAGAGCUCCAGGUACGCGCAAACUACUCAAAGGCUUUCGAAAACGUCGCAAUUGUCGUGUGCGCAAAACAGAUGAGUGGGGUACAUCGCAGCAUUGUGCAAAGUGUGGGCGACGAUUUAAUCCAGCCACAAGGAGCCAUCGAUUCAAAGUGUGUGAAAAUUGUGGAGCGGAGCCCGAUUCAAUUUUCGCCGAAUAUUUACCAUCAAAAAUCGUAGCACAGCGCAGCAAACGGCAAUUGAGGUACAACAAAGAUGACGUUGAACUUUAUUUGAUGCGAUUUUGGGCAGAAGGACUCAUGACUGAGCAAGAAUUCGAUAUUGCUGCUGAACGUUUACUGUCUAAGGUGGCCGUGUAUCCAAAAAAUUGGCAAGUAAACACAGUGAGUGGUAAAUUGGAAUAUGCUCAAGUCAAUGCUGAUGCACCGUAUGCAACUGUUCAACAGCCAUAUGCAGUCGAUGAUGAAAAUGAAUUGGAAAUCGAAGACGAGCAACUACUAAUGGCUGUACACAAGACAUCUUGGGAUCGUGAUAUCGUCGCCGCCAAAUGCAUUCUCAUCAAAGGACAUUGUGAGCUGUUUGGAUGGGAUAUUCCGGCAGGAUUAGACAGACGAUCACCGCGACAGCCAGCAGUUCAACCGAAUCAGCAGCCUUAAGCAUCACCAAUCACCAUUCGUACUCGAAAAUUAAUCAAAAAUUAAUAUUGUAAUUUGUUACAUUAACUGAGACUGACUGUUGUGUCUCAGCAUUUCGAGGAAGUACUUCUAGGUGUUUUUUUCUGUAAGUAUUCUUCACUAUGAGAUUGUAUUCAUAUAAUGGAGUGAUUGAUAUUCAUAUUCAGAGGCAACAAUCGUUUUUCGCUUCGGGAAGUGUUGAUAUAAAUCGCUUUGUUGUAUCGAUGCUACUAACCAGCAUAGAAUUUUGUCUACUUUCAAUUAAAAAAUACCAUUUUUCUAUUUACAGAUAUGGGAAA